AUGGACUAUAGGACAGGACUGCUGCUUCUGACUGUCUGCUGGACAGGUGGAGAUCAUCACUAAUCUGAGUUGGACUUUUUCACCUCAUGACAACAAACUCACUUCAAUCUGUUGGUUUUUUUCUUUUCUGUCUUUUCAGGUGUUGGUGGUCAGACUCUGACUGAAUCUGAGCCGGUGAUUAAACGUCCUGGAGAAUCCCACAGACUGACCUGUACAGCCUCUGGAUUCACAUUCAGCAGCCACUGGAUGAACUGGAUCAGACAGGCUCCUGGAAAAGGCCUGGAGUGGAUCGCUUUUAUACACCCUUCUAGUAGUAGUAGCAUCUACUACUCUGAGUCAGUUAGAGGCCGGUUCACCAUCUCCAGAGACAACAGCAGACAGCAGCUGUAUCUACAGAUGAACAGUCUGAAGACUGAGGACACAGCAGUGUAUUACUGUGCCAGAGACCCACAGUGAGAGAUGAGAACAGGAGAGACGUACAAAAACUACUUCCUCUUUUUAACACUGACAUCAUUCAUCAGUUUAGGGAAUGAAAAGGGAGAGCACUGAUCAUGGAUUAAAAACUCAUACACCUGAAUUAUUUUUAAUUGAUUAAAUUUCUUUUUUUUUUUGUUUUCAGCAGCUUUGUUUACACAGUAUGUACAAAGACUUUUUUUUGAUACAGUGAUGUAGAUUGUAGUGCAGAUGAAUACUUUCUGUACCUUAAUGACCCCACAGGACUGUGACACAUACAUCUGGUCUGAGGACAUCAGACAACGUAGAUUUCUUUACUCCAAAUCACAGUCUUUUAUAACCCUCUGUUAGUUAGUUAGUAACCUUUAUUUAACCAGGAAAUAAACCCAUUGAGAUUAAGAAUCUCUUUUACAAGGGAGUCCUGGACAGGAUAGCAGCACAAGAAGUUCCACAAGAAAAGAAAAACACACACAGAAACACAAAACAGUGACAGUAUGCAAAACACAGAUCGCAAAGAGUUAUCCUGCCAACAGGAAUCAUGUUAAUCAUUGACUACUUUAAGAAGAACAGAGACAGACUAUCAAUUAUCAGUUACGCGUCAACCCAAGACUCCCAUUUGAGAUUGUUUUGUUAUGGAGUUGAAUACACCUUCCAGUGAUACUUGGACACGUCAUCAGUGAAGAACCCAGGGUCACAGGUUGUUUUGGGUCUUCAAUCUUCAUACAACCUCAAUCAGGCGAUCCAGCCAGGGUGAUCAGUCCCUAGCUUGUGUCCAAGUGGCACAAUAUUCCAUGGAUCACCCCAAAGGAUCCACAGCCACCUCUAGGUCCUCUCGACGACUUCAAAAGUGUUCUUGAUGGAUCUCCUAGACUGCAAUCCAUUCACCUCGAAAGAGUUUGAGAGUUCUGAGUCAUGAAUAACCAGCUAAGCCUCUUAGGGGUCAGCCUGGGCCUUGCUGUGCCAAACUGCUGUGCAGAUUGAGUCUGCCAAAAAUCUUGAGACUUGAUUGUGGCACCAGCUGUACCGCCCCUCUUCUAGCGCUUUUGGACAGCAGCUUAAGACAUGCUCCAAGGUGGCACAGCUUGCACUAGGGAGUAUCGACUAGGUCCCAGGUGUGCAGGUUGGCCAGGCUUGGGAGGAUGUCAUAGACUGAUUGGAUGAGAAACUUGAUGCGUGAUGACUCAGAUUUCCAAAGCUCUUGGGUUCUUCAUGCUCCCACCGAGUCCAUGCCCCUUGCUUAGACAUGCCGACCAUCUUGAUGCAUCGUUCUUCCUCAACCUCCACUCAAAUCUUGUCCUGAUCCAGUUGACGCUUCUCCUUUCCCCAAGCCAGGUCGUGAUGUGGCUUUGGAGAGCAACCAAAACCUGCUCACCCCAUUGCCAUGGAGCCCAGGAGCUCAGGAACAUCUGGUUCCUCAGCCACCCCUCAGCUCUGGUGAUGGCCUCUGGGCCUGCCACUUUCUCCCGGUCUUCAUGAGAAUCUCUGCUGAUAUGAAUUUAACAUUGCCUGAGAAACUGGCUGAUGGAAUUCUUUCGUGCUUCUACCGUUGUUAUUGGUGCCUUGUAGACCAACUAGGUCCAGAGUAUUCCUGGCAGGACGCUGUACUGGUAGAUACAGGCCUUGAAUUUCCUGGGAGACCAGACUUGUUGAUGGUUCUGAGCCAGGUUGCAAGGUCACACCUGGUUCGUUUUAUGGCUGCUGAGUCCUUCAGGGAGCUGUUGAAAGUCUUGCCAAAGGUCUUGACAGGUUUUUCAGUCACUGAUGGGACUUUGGUCCCUCCCAGAAAAAAACGGAACGGAUCGGUCACUUAACCUUUCCUCAGGACCAAGGACCUGGACUUAGCAAGCCUGAAGCUCAUUCUCGCCCACUGGAUGAGCCGUUCGAGGUCCUGAAGGAGUCACCUACACACUGGAACCAAUGUUGUAAGGACUGCAGUGUUUCCCCUCCAUUCAUUCAGCCGCUGCUGAAUAAGUGCACCG